UGAUUAGGGAAUGGAACCUGUUUGAAAAGUCAAUACAAGUCAAAUUUCUUCAUCUUCAAACAAUCCUUAUUACUCCUUUUUCUCCACUUUCCAAAGUUGAAUUGACUAUAAUCUCAGAUCCUAAAAUUAAUACUUACUAUAUAACAUAAAUAUUUUGACUACAAAUCUUUUACAAUAAAGUAUUUCUUGCUCUUUUAGGAGCCAAAUAAUAAUGAAGAGAGGAUGUUUAGUUCCAAAUCUCAAACUCACUGUUCCUGCAUCUAAUCAAGAUUCUUUUGCAAAGUUCCUGACUCAAAGUGGAACUUUUAAGGAAGGGAACUUGCUUGUUAAUAAGGAUGGAGUUCGAAUUGUCUCUCAGAGUGAUGUUGAAGCUCAACCACCAAUCAAGCCAAUAGACAAUCAGAUAAGUUUGGCAGAGAUUGAUACAAUCAAAGUGAUUGGUAAGGGAAGUGGUGGAGUUGUCCUAUUGGUGCAACACAAAUGGACUAAUCAGUUUUUUGCAUUGAAGCAAAUUCAAAUGAAUCUUGAGGAAUCAACAUGCAGGCAGAUAGCACAAGAGCUUAAAAUCAAUCAAUCAGCACAAUGUCCUUAUGUUGUUGUAUGGUACCAAACAAUCUAUGAUAAUGGUAUCAUAUCAAUCAUCUUAGAGUACAUGGAUGGAGGGUCCUUAGAGGAUCUUCUUAACAAAGUUAAGACAAUUCCAGAACCAUUUCUUGCUGCCAUUUGUAAGCAGGUGUUGAAAGGUUUAAUGUAUCUUCACCAUGAGAAACACAUUAUUCAUAGGGACUUGAAACCUUCAAAUAUACUGACAAAUCAUAGAGGGGAGGUAAAGAUUACUGAUUUUGGUGUAAGUGCAAUCAUGGAUACUACUUCUGGUCAAGCAAAUACUUACAUUGGUACAAAAAACUAUAUGUCUCCAGAAAGAAUCAAUGGAAGCCAACAAGGCUACAACUACAAAAGUGAUAUAUGGAGCUUGGGACUGAUGUUGCUCAAGUGUGCUACUGGGAGGUUUCCAUAUACACCGCCUGAUAAUAGUGAAGGAUGGGAAACUAUGUUUCAGCUUAUUGAAGCCAUUGUUGAAAACCCUUCACCAACUGCUCCAUCUGAUGAAUGUUCUCCAGAAUUUUGCUCAUUUAUUUCAGCAUGUUUACAGAAAAAUCCAAAGGAUAGACCACCCACUCCAAACCUAUUGAGCCAUCCUUUUAUCAACAUGUAUGAUGACUUGGAUGUGGAUCUUUCUGCUUAUUUCUCCAACGCAGGGUCUACACUUGCAACCAUAUAAAAAUCUUGAGUCACUUGCUGCCUGUUACCAGAUUUUCAGAAUUUUCUUACUACAAAAGUAUCAGAAGCCCUAUCAACAAAAGCUUAAGGAUCCAAAAUUAGAAAUAUAAGGUGUCACUUUAAUUUUCCUAAGAUAGAGAAAAUUAUAAGCCACUGUAAUUGGAACAGUACAUACAAGUGGACUUUAGUAAUCGGCAUGAGUAAUAAAUUCAAACUUUAUCAUCA